AUGUCCGACGACCUCGAAUCUACGAGGGAACCGCCCGCGAUGCAAGCAAACCAGGCAUAUCAGCCCCAGUCGCUGAACGCCAUCUUGGCUAGGGAGGAGGAACGUCCGCGUUCUUCGCCAACACGCGACGAUGCCGCCGCCGCCGCCGACAAGGCGUCACACGAAGAGCAACGCAAAGAAGAUGAAGUUACAGGGGGGAAAGGUGACAGUGGUGGAGAGAGUGAGAACAAAGGGACAAAACCUUCAUUCACUCCCGCACCUCGGACCCCAAGACGUGUCCAACGCAAAGAAGAUGAAGUUACAGGGGGGAAAGGUGACAGUGGUGGAGAGAGUGAGAACAAAGGGACAAAACCUCCAUUCACUCCCGCACCUCGGACCCCAAGACGUGGCCACCGCGUCUCAGUCACUCCCGCAUCUCGGACCCCAAAACGUGCCCACCGCGUCCCAGGCACUCCCGCAUCUCGGAUCCCAAGACGCGUCCACCGCGUCUCAGUCACUCCUGCAACUCGGAUCCCAAUACCUGUCCACCGCGUCUCAGGAACGCCGACGGCUUCCGCACCUAGUCCCCGUCGCUACAGAGGGAUGUUCAGCGAACGGCCGCCUUUGCUCAGACUGCCGCCACCUGGCUUGGUACGAUCCCGGGUGAAACGCACCCCCAGCAUUGAAUUGUCCACAUUCCCACCUCUAACGCAAAGAGACGAAUCUCUCGCUCCCAGUGCCAAUGAUCCGACUUCCGCUCCCAUUGACAAUCCGGCUUCCCCUCCAAGUCCAACUAGGAGGGACCCUCGUCCUUUGCCUAUAGUAACGGACGUCUAUUUCAUGACGCGGCGAUAG